CCGGAGAAGUGAGGCGACGGGGUAGGCGGGACAAGCGUGCUGCCCCGAGCAAUCAGCGAGCGUUACGUCAUGAUGCUCCCGCCUUCUUUCGUCCGCCCGGAAGUAGGGCGCGUUUGCAGGAUCCUGGGCCGGGAGUGGUUGUCAUAGGGACGGGGGAGAGAUGACGGUGCACAGCCUAUACCUCUUUGAUCGCAAUGGUAUCUGCCUGCACUAUAGCGAGUGGAAUCGAAAGAAGCAAGCUGGUAUUUCCAAAGAGGAGGAGUUUAAGCUGAUGUACGGCAUGCUCUUUUCCAUCCGCUCUUUUGUGAGCAAGAUGAGCCCGCUGGAUAUGAAGGAAGGCUUUCUCUCCUUCCAGACAAGCAAAUACAAGCUCCACUAUUAUGAGACUCCCACCGGGCUCAAGGUGGUGAUGAACACGGACUUGGGGGUUGGCAAUAUCCGGGACGUGCUGCACCAGAUCUACAGCUAUAUCUACGUGGAGUACGUGGUCAAGAACCCCCUGUGCAACUUGAACGAGCCGAUCCAGAGCGAGCUCUUCCGCAGCAAGCUGGACACCUUCGUCCGCAGCCUGCCGUUCUUCUCUGCUCGGGCCGGCUAACAGUUCUGCCCUUCUGCGCUCCCAAGGACAGCUCCCGCCACGAGGCUCAAAGACUGCGGUCAGAUGGUGAAGGGGGCCAGCCUCUCCACAGGACGGUGCCCCCUCUGGACAGCAGCUCCCCCACAAUGCAACUGCUCCCUGGGCCAACAAGCCCCGUUUGUACAACUUCCAGGGAGGGCAGCUCUCUCCCCACCCCAACUCCCAAAGUGGAUAUUUUGGCUCAGCAUCUGUCGUGCUUGUGACCCAGACAGCCGCUCUCUGUUUGCUGGGGUUGUUGCUUCCCCUCUUACCCACAGUCUUUUCCCAGUCCAGAUUUGUUUCUUCCUGUUUCUAGAGGUUUUCUUUUCUUUUUUUUGCUGCAUUCCCUCCCCCCUCCCUCCCUCCCCCCUUCUAUUUAUAGCCAGGCCCUUCUGCUUUUCCAGUUCAGCGCUCUCACCCAGCCUGACCAGACAUUUCGUGCCUGUGGGGGGCUGCUCGGACACGAAGGGAUGCGGCGGCCGCGGCCCCGUCCUCGCCGAACAGAUCUUGCGAAAAGCUGGGCUGGCCGCCGGGCUCCCAAUUUCCAUCCCUGAAGUUUAGGAACAAUUUGCCCCUUGUUUAUUGAGACUGGCUUGCGUGAAUUAAAUGGCCGCGAUGCAUCUGGAAUCUUCGAGCGGCCUUUGAUCGGCCUUGCGUAAUCGUGGUCUCCUGGAGGGAGAGGGUGUGGCUACCGAUUUUGCCAAGAUCUGCCAAGAAGCCAGCUGAGCGGUUGCCCCGGGGGCCUCUUCUGGCUUGCAAGGACUGGAACCACCCCGGCCAUGCCUCCCCCUCACACACACACACACACCCCGGCAUCGCUUAGCAGUCCUUGCGCUGAGAGGUGCACGUAGCGCAAAGCUGUGUCAGUAAACUAGAAAUCCAAAGCUA